UCUGAGCAUGCGUAGUGAACAGUUGCAAAACAUCAGAAAUUCGAUGAUUUUUUGUAUAAUUAUUUUCUUAAGCUCAGCUACUCUAACUUGAAUUUUUUUAUGUUUAAUAUUUCAAACUUUUUGUAAAACGUAGCGAUUUGCUUUAGAGUUGGCAGAUACAUCUUUAUAUUAUAAAUUUUGUUGUUGAAAUUAUGUUUUUUAACGAAAACUUUUAAAUCAAAAGAAAUCUUUUAAACAUGGACCAUGCAACCAAAUUAAAUCUAAUUUGUAGAAUAUGCAGAGAAGAUAUAAUAAAAGAUCCAGUUGAUAUAAAUAAAUAUUCCGAAAGAAUCGAAAAUUCCUAUUAUAUAAACACCAGCAUUGAUAAUAAGAAAAUUCACCCACAAAAGAUGUGUAAUAAAUGCUAUACCAAUUUAAGGAACAUUGAAAAAGGUUCAAGUUCUAGUAUUAAACCAGUUGAUUGGCCUUUACCAUGUGCAGGCAAUUGUUCUUGUUUCCCCAAAGUUGUUGGAAGAAAAGUUAAAAAAUGUAAACCUGGUCGACCAUGUGUCAUGGAACAAAAUCAGAAGAGAUGGACUAGGCCAAUUAUAAAUAACUUAAUUAGUACUAUACCAAAACCAACAUUGCGUUUAAAUGUAAUUGAUAUUGAUCCUGUAUCAAAUCCCCACUUAAACUUGUGCAUAUGCAAGUUAUGCAACAAUAUUAUGUAUAAGCCACUAAUAUUAAAAGAGUGUCAACACUCAUUUUGCUCAGUGUGUUUAUUCAAAGAGAUUGAAGGAAAGUUGGAAACAGAAGCUAAAUGCUUUAUUUGUGGACAAACUAUUUCUUUAAAUUCAGUUUUGAAUUCUGUUAAUUUAACACAAAUAAUAGAGCACAUUCUUUUAGGUUGCAAUAAGAAAUGCAAAUUAAAUUAUGCAGUUAAAGACAAUGAGCUUAAAAAACUACAUGAAGAAAAUUGUAUGGGUGAAAAAUUAUUGCAGACUUUUUGCAAAAAAACUCCAAGUGGACUUGAUACAACUCUUUCUGAUAUAUUUUUAUUAAAAGGAAAUGAUGUUAUUCCACGGAUUGUAGAAGAUGCUGCAUUGCAUGUUAUAAAGCAAAAGCAAAUUAACUCUGAAUCAAACUUUUUUUCUUUUCCUUCUGGAGGACCAAGGCCUUUGCAAUUUACUUCCAACUCAAUGGCAUAUAAAGACAGCUCAGAUGUUAGUAAGAGGACAAUUAGGAAAAGACAUUUAGCUGUUAUAAACUCUUUAAAUGUGGUUCCUGGUUUGGCCAGCACCUCACAACUUCAACAAACCUCUGCUAUUUUAAAUUCAUUUGGAGAAAAAGAUCAAAUUAAAAUAUUGAAAAUGUCGAACAUUCCUUCAUCAGUAAUAAGUGCAGAAGAAAUGGUUAGUAUGAAAGCUCAUAUGGGAAUCACCUAUUCAAACAUGAAGAUAAUUGCAAGAUGGCUCAAAACAAAUAAUAUUAAAUGUGCAUCAAACAAAAAGCAACGCAAAGUAGCUAAAUCUUGGUCUGGAGAAGAUUGGGUAAUUUGUAAUGCGCCAUUUAACUUUCCUUUAAAGGAUUCUAUUGAUUCAUUUGAAAUAAAAAAUGCUCCUUGGGGAUACAUUAAAGAUUUUCCAUCUCAUAUAAUAAACAAACUGAACCUGCUAAAAAAAUGGCUCAAAACAAAUAAUAUUAAAUGUGCAUCAAACAAAAAGCAACGCAAAGUAGCUAAAUCUUGGUCUGGAGAAGAUUGGGUAAUUUGUAAUGCGCCAUUUAACUUUCCUUUAAAGGAUUCUAUUGAUUCAUUUGAAAUAAAAAAUGCUCCUUGGGGAUACAUUAAAGAUUUUCCAUCUCAUAUAAUAAACAAACUGAACCUGCUAAAAAACAAAAAUUUGCUACAGCAUUCCAAUAUAAAAAAUGAUGAAAUUCACAUUAAAAUUGGUGGUGAUUAUGGUGGUGGCUCCUUUAAGAUGUGUUAUCAAAUCGUGAAUGUUGAUAAGCCGAAUGCCAAGAGAAACACAAGUGUUUUUAGUAUUUUUGAAGCGAAAGAGUACAAACCCAACCUUGUUGUGGGUCUCUCAAGGUUUACACCACAAAUUAAUCAAUUGCAGUCACUGUGUUGGAAUGAGAAAAAAAUAAGAGUAUUUAUCUUUGGCGAUUACGAAUUUUUAUGUUCAGCAUAUGGAAUCACUGGUGCAAAUGGUCGACAUGCUUGCUUGUUUUGUCAUAUAACUCGUGAAGAGAUGAAAAUGAAUCCUUCUCAACAAAAGCACAGUUGCUCCAAGCGUACUCUGGAAACACUUCAUGCAGAUUUCCAAAAUUUUAUUCAAAAAGGUCGAAUACCAAAAUUAGCAAAGACUUGUAACAAUGUCAUUGAUUUGCCACUUUUCAAUAUUCCAUUAACACAAGUAAGCAUUCCAUCAUUACAUAUCUCAUUGGGAAUUUAUCUUAAAUUUUUUAAUAUGCUUGAAGAUGGCUGUCAUCUCUUAGAUGUAAAAAUUGCAGCAAAAAUGUGUAUGACAAAUCAAACUGUAAACAACAGAAAUUUUGAUGAGUAUAUUGCACUUCAAUUAAAAAUAUAUGAAGGAGAAAAAGUUAUUAAUGAAUAUUGUGAAAAAAUAACUCUAAUUCAUGAAGCAAUGGCAAUACAUGUUCUACGUUCUCCUGAAAAUAAAGAAAUUAUUUGUGAAAUAUUUCAGCCCAGAGUAGCCCAUUAUAUGGAGAAGAAAAAUGCUAAGCUGAUUGAAUUAGAAGAGUUAAGAUCUAAAACAUUUGAAAAAUCACAUGGACCACUUGUGAAAAAACUUGAUGAAGUUCUAUGCGGUCUUCAUGUUCAAAGACAAGCUUAUCAUGGAAAAUGUUUUAUUGGGAAUCAUGUUCAUAAAAUGUUGAAGCUAAACAGUAUUCUAGAUCUUUGUAAUUCAAUACCUAAAAUAGUAAGUGAUCUUGGAUAUAUUGGUACAGAUGUUCAUAACGAGGCGAAGGUCUUGAGUAAGAAAUUUGUUGCUUUGUUCUCCAAAUACUCGACAUGCUACAACUUUAUGAAUUCAAGUGAAAUAAUUAACAAGAAUCCAAUAUCAGAAUUAGAAAGAGCCAUUGAUAAAUUAAUGAGUUACUUUCGUAAAACAUGGCCCAAUGAGUCCAUUACUCCAAAAAUGCAUUUGUUAGAAAGUCAUUGUGUUGAUUUUAUUAGAAAUUGGAAUUCGGGUCUUGAUAUUUAUGGAGAGCAAGGUUUAGAAAGCAUGCAUGCCGAAUUCAACAGUAUGAACAACACAUUUUGUCAUAUGAAAGGAAAGCAAAGACUGAGAAGUAUUUUGUCCAAUCACUAUAUCAAAAACUCUCCAGAAGCUUUAAUAAUUAGACCAACUAUUAAAAAAAGAAAGCCUUAUAAAAGAAAAGCUUGAAACGUGAAACUUUAUAGAUGAAUUUUAAAAUCAAAAAAUGUAUAUUAUAUAACGAUUUAAUUUUUAAGUGUG